AUGCCUUUUAAAUGUACUGUUGUAAAAUGCAAAAGCACCGCAGCAUACAACAGAAAUAAAAAUAAUGAUAACAAAAUCUCUUUCUUUAGAUUUCCUAUGAGUACACCAAAUUUAUUGGAACAAUGGAUAGCAGCAAUUAAUAGGAAAAAUUGGACACCAACAUCAUCAAGUCGCAUUUGCCAAUUUCAUCUUAAGGAUACUGAUUUUUUUAAUACUUCAAAAGUGAGAAGAUUAAAAGCAGAUUAUACUUUCUCAAACCUGUAUAAUCAAAGUUCUGAUAAAGAUAUGUAUUCAAAUGAAUGUAAUAUCAAUAUCGAGAAAUUGACUUUAAACGAAACAGAUAUUACUGCUAGCAUUAGUACGAUGCACCAUACAAUACAGCCGAGCUUAACAAAGUCUCAAAAACGUAAAUCUACUGAUAUUUUACAAAGAACGAACAUAAAAUGUCGUAAAUUGGAAGAUGAAAAUAAAAAACUUAAAGCAUUAACCAGUUCUCUUUAA